AUGGCAUUUCAACAAGAAUAUUUUUCAAUUCCACCUAUUACAAGAGCAUAUACAACAACUUGUCUUUUAACGACAAUUGCAGUACAAUUAAAUUUUGUUACUGCUUAUCAACUGUACUUUAAUCCAGAAUUAAUUUUUAAAAAAUUUCAAUUAUGGAGAUUAUUUACUUGUUUUUGUUUCUAUGGUGGAAUGGGUUUUAAUUUCUUUUUCAAUCUAUUAUUUACUUAUCGUUAUUGUCGUCAUCUUGAAGAAGGUUCAUUUCGUGGACGUGCUGCUGAUUUUCUCUUUAUGUUUUUAUUCGGUGGAAUAUUAAUGAUAAUAAUGGCAUUAUUUGUUAAUAUUGUUUUUCUUGGUUCAGCAUUAACAAUCAUGUUAGUUUAUGUUUGGAGUCGACGAAAUCCUUAUGUUAGGAUGAACUUUUUUGGAUUGCUCAAUUUUCAAGCUCCAUAUUUACCAUGGGUACUUUUUGCUUUUUCACUUUUACUUGGCAAUUCAGUUAUUGUUGAUUUAAUGGGUAUUAUUGUCGGACAUGUCUACUAUUUUCUUGAAGAUGUAUUUCCACAUCAACAAGGUGGUUUUCGUAUAUUAAAAACACCUCGUUUUUUACAUUGGUUAUUUGAUGAAACAUCUCGUCGUACAGAUGAAAAUGAAGCACGUCCUAAUGUCGGAAACAAUGUACCAUUUGGUGCUGGUGGUUUUCAGUGGCAGUGA